GUAACGAUUAAAAGGGGUGUGCUUCUUGCUAUGCCACUGUCUUUCCUGUGUUCGUAGUCUAACUUCUUAAGGGAUCUAUUCUCUUAUUCCGCAGUGUUUCUCUCAAUGGGUAGCUUUGAAAACGCUUGCAUCUGCUUCGAAAGCGGAAACUACUUCAUGACUCAAUAGGGAUUAAUAUUCAGCUCUUAAAUAGGAUUUACGGUUUUACUCAGGUAGUAGUCAUUCCUCAAGUUUCUCUCAAACGUUUCGAUCGAGGUCUAAAACAGUACGUCCACCUGCAGGCUGACCGCUUGUAGCCACGUCUUGUUCUGGAUGUCAGACGGUCAAUAGGAGUGCAAGUUUGACAUUCACAGCGAGACCCAAAAAGAAAGAUGUCUGAUGAAGUGGACACGAGGGACCACGGGCCAAUGAAACGACUCAGUUCCAUAUUCACAUCCCUCCAUGACAAGAUCAACCAAGGACGCCGUGACGGGGGGGCUCCGGUGUCCAGGGCCCCGGCCCUCUCCUCUCCCCAGCUACCUGGGCUCCCAAGCGGACAGGCGUUCUUUGAGUACCUGGUGGUGGUCAGCCUGCAGAGGAAGGAGGGAGUCUACCAGCCUCACAUCACCUACCAGUUUCCGAAGCUGGCAGAGCUGGGGCGCUCACAGCGAGAGCAGGAGGAGGGAACCCUGAAGGCCAUCCCCCUGUUCUGUUUCCCAGAAGGAGUCAACUGGGCCCCUCUCACAGAGUACCACAGUGAGACGUUCUCCUUCGUUUUGACAGAGGUGGAUGGCAGCAGACGGAAUGGAUACUGCAGGAGGUUACUGCCUGGUGGCAGAGGGGCCAGACCUCCUGAAGCCUACUGCAUCAUCAGCAGGGUGGCCUGCUUCGGACUGUUCUCCAAGAUCUUUGACGAGGUGGAGAAGAGAAGGCAGAUCUCCGUGGCGAUGAUCUACCCCUUCAUGCAGAGUCUGAGAGAGGCGCCGUUUCCUGCCCCAGGAGACACCGUCAACAUCACCAGCUUCAUCCCUGAGUCUGGCACCCAGAUCAUCAGGCUGACGCGUCCCUGUGACUCGUGGCUGGAGCAUGUGGACUUCAGGGUGUUGUUUGGUCUGCUGACAGACGAGGAGGUGCUGACCGUGUUUGCUGCCACCGUGCUGGAGAGGAGGGUCGUCUUCACUGCCGACGAGCUCAGUACUCUGUCCCAGGUGCUCCAUGCGGUAGCAGCGCUGCUCUACCCAUUCUCAUGGCAGCACACCUUCAUCUCCAUUGUUCCCACGGUGCUGAUAGACGUCGUCAUGGCACCCACCCCCUACCUGCUGGGUGUGCAGAAAAACUUGCUGGACAACAUCCACGACCACAGCGAUAUGCUGAUUGUGGAUCUGUCAGCUGGGGCAGAGAGUAGAUUCAUCACCAGUAUGGGAGACGAGGACUCGCUCCUCCCAGUGAAGCUUCAGGAAGAACUGCUUCACGCACUUUCCUCCAAAACUACAGCCUCCACCCCGGAGGUGCUGAACCGAGUGGUGUCGGAAGCCUUCCUCUCCUUCUUUGUGAAGACCGUGGGCCACUUCUCAUCCCACAUGAAGCGCAGCGCCAACGGCCAGUCCAGAGUGUUCCAGAAGAAAUCUUUCUACAACGCCACCGAGUCAAAGACCUACCGUCAGUUUGUCAAGGACUUCUGCAGAACCCAGAUGUUUGACAUUUUCAUCCAGGAGGAAGAGGGGCAGCCCUCGACACAUGAAGGUUUCUUCCAGCAGAAAGUAGCAAAGUAUCAAGAGAGGAAGAAAAAAGAGAAAGCCAAGAGUGGCUGGUUGAGAGGGUUUAUGGUGUGAGGCAGCACCUUCCAGGCCUUCUGUUUCCGGUUCCUUCUGAACGUGUUGCUGCUGUAAGCAGAGGUUGUAACCUGCUGUUUUCCUCUUUGCCAACACAACUGUUGUUUACUAUGACUGGGGUGGUUGGAGUAUUUCUCUAUUUUAUCGCACUCCAGAUUCAUCUCUUGCAAAAAUGUAAAGGAAAAAAACAACUAUUUAUUAUAGUUUUAUGAAAGCUUGGUAUAAAAUGGUUACACUUAAAAGUUACUGUAAAUGAUUAUUUCAUAUUUUAAAUUAAAUGUUUGUAUAUACAUGUUUGUUAUUUUUAGCUAUUUUGAAACAAUGUGAAGGAUUUCAUGACCAAAUGUCUUGCACUUAAUGUGAAAUAAUAAAAUCUAGUUUGCUUCUAAUGACAUAAAUGGAGAAUGAACAAUAACAAUGUGCCAGUCAUCCAGUUGAUCUGAACUGUAAGAGUGGUUUGAAAAUGAUUUAUUGGUGACAGUUUUCUUUCAAAGGCAAAUAAACAUAGAAUACGUUGGAUUGGGUACAACAUCCCUUAGUACAGUUAGCAACAAAAGCUGUACAAUGACACCUUGUGUUUUGGUUCAGUACUCCAGCACUGGCUUUGACAGCAAGACACAAUGACCAGUCGACAAUGUUCUGACGUACAAACCAUCAUCUAUCACUUCCCUGCGACUGAUGUUUACUGUAAAAAUCUCUACAGCGCUUGUCUCCGGGCAAAUGUUCCUACUGAACUCAACCUACUCACUGUAGCAGGUGUUUAAUGGUUUAAGGGCUUGUGGUCAUUAAGCUAAGUAUUUCAUGAUGACCCAGAAUAAUUAGCAGCCUAGUCUGCCUUAUGGACAGCUCAGACACAUUGAAAUGCAAGCUGUUUCAACUUGACAGAUGCGAUAGACCUAUAAAACUGGGGACUGUGUGUAAAGUCUUUUGUAUACAGCAGGUUUGCACAAGGUGUGAUAUUAAAUAUGCACUAUGUCAGUGCAUGAUUACCAGUCUGAUUUGUCAACGACAAUUAUACCCUGCCGAACUGGAGGACAGAACCAAUGCUGGCUGGAUCAGGUUUGUGGCAAAAUGUGUAAACAGAUUUGACAACAGCAUCAUUCAAAACCUUAAUUAUCUUCCCUAUUUAGGGCCUUGUUGUAAAAGUUUUGAAAGAUAUAAAUUAUUGACAGCUGAAUAAUACUGCAGUGUGAUUAAUUGAAGGCUUGUCAACAUAUUAACAGUUUCUCUCAGUUGCUUACACAGUAACACUAAAACUUUAACACAAAAAUCAAAAACAUUUGUACGUUAUCUUACACCAAUCCAGCACAUUUAUAAGCACGUCUGUUUUUCCCUCAUUGUGCAGUCCUAAACCACACUUGAUAGUUCGAUCUUUACUCAUGUUCAGAUGGAAAACAUAACAGUUUACAACAGGCUACUGUACAUCCAGUAUGCAGUGUAACACUGGAAAUACAAAAGCCUUACUCAAACGGUAAGAUUACAGUAUGAUAGAAGUGUUUCCCACUGAGCACAUCAGUGUCUGAUUGUUAGAAAUGUCUACUCAGUUGUUGGUUUGCAUGUCAUUUCAAGACAACGUUUCAAAUUAGAUUCCGUUUAGAUUGUUAGAUUGUUCCGUUUAGCAGUUUUGAUUUGUGGAGUUCUGUGUUUUGGUGUGUCAGCUUUUGGAUUUGUGUUUAGAGUUUUGAGAAAA